UAUUUUUGUGCCUUUGUGUCCAGGGCAAUCGCACCAUGUCGAUGAAGGUGCUGGUGACGGGAGGGUCCGGCCUGGUGGGCCAGGCCAUACAGCAUGUGGUCAAAGAGGAGCGGGGGGCCAAGGAGGGGGAGGAGUGGAUCUUCCUCUCCUCCAAGGAUGCCGACCUCAUGAAAGCGGAGGAGACGCUGGCACUGUUCCAGAAGCAUCGGCCGACCCACGUCAUCCACCUGGCCGCUAUGGUCGGAGGACUUUACAGGAACAUGAAGUACAACCUGGACUUUUGGAGGAACAAUGUGUACAUCAACGAUAACGUGCUGAACGCGGCACACGAAGUGGGCGCCAUCAAGGUGGUGUCGUGCCUGUCCACCUGCAUCUUUCCAGAUAAGACCACCUAUCCCAUCGACGAGACCAUGCUCCACAACGGUCCACCUCACGAGUCAAACUUCGGUUAUUCCUAUGCAAAGAGAAUGAUCGAUAUUCAUAACAGGGCGUACUUUCAGGAGCACGGCCGCUUCUACACAGCUGUGAUCCCCACCAACGUGUUUGGGCCUCAUGACAACUUUUGCAUUGACGACGGUCAUGUGGUGCCCGGUCUCAUCCACAAGACGUACACCGCUAAAAAGGAGGGAAAGCCCCUCGUGGUCUGGGGCUCUGGAAAGCCUCGACGACAGUUCAUCUACUCUCUGGACCUGGCUCGUCUCUUCCUCUGGGUCUUGUGCGACUACAAGGAGGUGGAACCGAUCAUCCUCUCGGUUGGAGAGGAAGACGAGGUGUCCAUCAAGGAGGCGGCGGACGCAGUCGUCCAGGCGAUGGGCUUCGAAGGGGCAGUUGAAUACGACACCAGUAAAUCUGAUGGCCAAUUCAAAAAGACGGCGAGCAACGCCAAGCUGUGCCGCUACCGUCCAGACUUCAAAUUCACGCCCUUCAAACAAGCUGUGAAGGAAACCUGCGAUUGGUUUGUCGCCAACUACGACAGCGCCCGCAAGUGAAGCGACGAGAGGCUUGAGCAGAAUGGCCGGGUAGUCGAAGGCUACGGUGUGUCUUCUUCUCUUCACGUUGGCACCGAGCAAAAUCAAAUGUUUUAUGCUGUACCCAUGCUCAUUUUGUGAGCUGUGAGCAUUUUGUAGGUUAGAUACGAUAUGAAAAACACUUGGAUGAGGAAUUGCCAGGAAAAGAAUACCAUGUGUAUACUAAUUCCAGGGUAAAACCAUGUUUUUUUAUUUCUUUUAUUUUGAUUAAUUAAGUUUGAUGCCUCUUUAAUUUGAUAUUGUACUGUAAGCACUCUUUUCGUUCUGUUGAUAGUUAUCAUUUCAGCACAGCAGACCAGAGGAAGCAAAAGUGAAUCGCUUGGGGGCA